ACUGUCUGUCUCCGGAUUUUUCUCGGCAUCGCUGCGCAGGAAGAGCCGCGCGGGACGCCUGGAGAGGACUGGCUCCAGAUAUACCCUGCCCACACUUCAUCGGUGGUUCCAUAGCAUACUUUGUUCCUGAUGCAACAGGUCUCCAGAAAUAUGAGAUCUUGCCAUUCAUGGUUGGAAGCUAGGAAGUAAGGUUGAGAUGUCGGAAGGUCCCUCCAGGAUCACAGGACCCAUUCCUCCAGAUCCUACCCUUUGCCCAGAUUACUACAGACGCCCGCUAUCAGCGCGAGGAAGGCUGGAAGGGAACUCUCUGAAAUUGGAUUUGCUCCCUGGCCCCAUCCCUCCAGAGUCUAGCCUCUACCCUGGGUGCUACAGUGCUCGCUGCCCCCAGCCUCCUCCACGAAUUAAGCCCAACGCCAAGGACAUCUUGGAGACAGGACGAAAGGGCACUGUAGGAGUGCUAUUGAAGCUAGAUGAGAUCUCCUUCUUCGAAGAGUUGAGGCCCAAGCGCAGGGAUAACAAAGACCAUGAGAAGGAGAAUCUGAGGCGUAUGAGAGAAAUCCAGCGGAAGUGCAGAGAGAAGGAACAAGCCCGGGAGCUGAGCCAACCCAAGCCUGUGAAAGCCCUGUGGAAGUCACAGAAGUAUGAAAAUGUGGAAUCCAAAGUCAAGGCAAAGUUGCAGGAGGAUCCUAGUCCUCCAAAUCCGGAGGCUCAGAAGUACCUGAGAGCCUAUUCUCGCUGUGGCACAGGAAUUCAUCCACGCCGACCGCUGUCACCGAGCCCCUCCCAGUUGCAUGAAGUGGAUUCAGGAGCUGCCCAGGCUCAGAAUGGGAGCAUCAAGGUCCAGGAGAAGAGCAGUAAGGUGGAUUUUGUCAGCCACAAUGCCCAAAAUGCAAAACGAGCCUCGUUGCAACGCUCGCGCUCCCUGCAGUCAAUAACCAAAGUCCUGGAGCAGAAGCAGAAGGACCUGGAAGAAUACAACACCAAGCAGAAAGGCCAUGUCCCCCGCUACCUGAUAGAGAGGAAGGACCACUGGCGCAGAGAAGCUGAGGAGCGCCUGCGUAACAUGCCUGAUCCGGACACACCCCCAGGCCAUGCCAUGAUGCCUGAGAGCCAGCGGCUGGAAACCCUAAAGAAUCUCAAAGAGAGCCAAGAGAAGCUCCUGAAGGACCUCCUGUUGCUUCCGGUGAGGAUUGAUACUCUGAGCGUUCAAACCCGACGGGUUUCUUUAGAGAAGAAGCUGUCACAGAUUGAAGAGGCGCUCAAAAUCUUCUCCCGGCCCAAAGUCUUCAUCAAGUUGGACUCCUAGGCACAGAGGUGAUGUUGUGCUUGGCCCCUUCAUCCUCUUGCACUCAGUCAGGUGGCUUUGGUUUCUCACAUGGUGGUCCCCUCGAUGUAGGUUUCUCUUGUUCUUGCUGUAAGCACUGAUUCUUUUUGGUGUGAGGAAGCAAACCUGUGUGUCUUGUUCAGGCAUGGGGAACCUAUAAUCAUCCAGGCGGUGAUAGCCCAGACCUAGGACGAUGAAAGCUGGAAUCCAACAGCUUAUGAUGGGCCAGAAGAGUUGUUUCCCAAAUAAACCUCCUUAAGCAUGUCUUAUUUUUCAGACAAAGGGGAAAGAGUGUUUUUUAAAAAAGGGAAAAGUACACAUUUUCUCAGCUGACAAGUAUACUCAGCAGUUCUGCAAGCUUAGAGGAAUGUGUACAUUUUUAACUUAAAUGAUUGGACAAUUUUAAACAAAUAAAGCAGGUUUUGUAAGCAAUCUUGUAAGCCGGAAGUUGUGAGGGCCUUCAUGAGCAAUUCUGAAGGAACUUCAAUGUUGGUGUCAAUCUUUUUUUUUUCCAGUGCAUCAGUCUCCUUUAAUUUGAAUAGUGGUCCUGCAAAUCUCAGUUACAGUGAUUUUCUCCUUUGAAAGAACUUUCAAAAGUACAUUCUUUUGCAACUUGAAUGAGAACUGGUGGGGGGUGGGGAAGCAGAAUUUCUCAGUUUCUGAUGAGUUGUAUUGACCUUUGUUGAUCUGGUUUGUGCUGCCAUCUACUGGUAGACCCAGUAAAUGUCUGAAGAAGCUUCACUGCUAAUCAAGGACUGAAACAAACCAAGUUUAUUCUGAGGUUAGUGCCCUCGGCCAGUCUGGCAUAAGCCACCCAUUACAAUUUCUGCUUACACCAGGCAAGGUUUGGAAUCAAGAGAACCUCUACAUUGUCCAGGUAAUCAUAUUCCAGUAAGUUAUUUGGACAUAUUGAAACGAUCAAUGAUUUACCCUAACUUGAGAGGUUAGUAAUCAGCUUUAAUUUCUUCACUAAAGCAGUUUUAAUCUCUUCCUGUAAUGCAGUAAGAGAUGCUGUACUGUUCCAUCUUGAUCUCUCUGCCAUCCUCAGCAAGAUGUAAGUUUACCGCUAGGUGUAUAUUGCUAAGGCAGAAGAAACAUCGAAACACAAUGGCACCUGUUCCUGUAAAUCAGAGAUGAGCAACUUGCAGCCCCUAACCCAAAGCCUUGGGCACAGCUCCCAGCAUCUUUCCAGACUUUGCCACUGAGUUGAGAUGGACUUGGUCCCAUUAGCAGAAUAAGAGAACCUCAGUCUUCCAAGGGGGCCGUCAAGACUGUCACGGUUCCAGGCAAUGGAAUUUUUACUUGGGCAGCUGAAGAUAAAUGGUCGAUGAACCUGGCACUGGACGAGGCAUUUAUGUGGGGUACUAACUUGUAAACAUUUUAAAUCCCACUCAUUGGCUGUUAUAUCCUGGCUGCUUAAUGGUUCUUUUCUGGAACAUUGCUGGGCAGCAAGAACACUAGAAAUGGUGGGAUAUGCAUUACAGAUAGAGAUGAUAGAUAUAUAUAGAUGCUUGGCCCUACUUCACUUAGGUCUGGAUGACUCCAAAGAGCAAGUAUCCAAAACCUGCAGGCUGCGUCUGUUUGCUGGUUGAGCUUUAAAGUGAACAAGAGGAAUCUGUGUGUCUGUAAUCUAAAACAGUAAAUUAAGUUUCUGCGUGACCAGUCACUCAGGUGCAAUUAAGCCUGCUGUACGAAAGCAGCAGCACUGGCUUGCUGGGAUCAAUAAUUUUGGCUUAAAAGCAUCGGUAUGUCUCUUCUUCAGGUUUUGUUUUUUUUCUUUUGCUGGAGGAGAUUUAAGCAAAUGUGUUGUGACCAUUUCCUAAUCAUUAAUGAAAAGACAGCAGAAAGACAUUCAGCAAGGUAGGGAGACUUUCACCUCGCGAAGACUCAUACAUACAUCAAACAUAAUAUAUACAUCAAGAUCUGGCACCUUAAUGAGAAAGAAGUUAGUUUCCCAACCUGGUGCCCUCCAGAGACAUGGAACUACAACUCCAUAGUCAGGCGGAUGGCUGACUUACAAGAUCAGUCUUUAAAGUGCUAGAAGAUUCUCUGUUGUUACUGCAAACCAACCUGGCUUCCCUUCUAGAAACUGAAAAUAAAAGCCACAGUUUAGCCCAUGGAAGCAAUUCCCCUGAUUCAUCUACUGCCCUGCCAUACAUACACACAAUUCCUACCAGCAGGCAUUUAGUAUCAUCCCGGGGGAAAAAGACCCUCUUGGCAGAAUCUUCAUUGGUGUGGUAUUAGCAUAAGCCACGUACCUGGUAUUAUCUCAUGCAGAUUUCUUUGCUCACUUUCACUGAAGCCCUGGGAGUAAUCUUUGCUCAUGGGGGAGGGGCUUUUUCCUGGGCAGACUUCAACUCCCAGAAUUUUCCAGCCACCAUGCUGGCUGGGGAAUUCUGGGAGUUGAAGUCCACCCAUCUUCAAGUUGCCAAGGAUGAGAAACACUGCCAUAGAGACUGAGGAAGGGGCAGUUGCUGGGGUGCCCCCACUCCGCUGAACUUGCCAGGCUACCAAUUCAAAUGGACAGAGGCACCCCUCUCCCAGACAGCCAGAGCAGCUUCUCUCUCUCUGGACAGUUUCCUUUCUGUUGUCUCCUUUUCCUAGCCCUUACUUAAGCACGUUACUUAAAAAAAAUAAAACAAUGUGAAA